CCGCCGUCGAAAGUCAUCGCCAACGCCCCCAAGAGGCCUCCCCCACGCUCGUACGCAAAAGGAUUCGCCAUGAAGCUCAACUCUGACCUCGCCUCCUCCCGCCGCAAGUCGCGCAAGGCGCACUUCUCGGCCCCCUCUUCCAUUCGCCGAAAAAUUAUGUCCUCAUCGCUCUCCAAGGAGCUCCGCGGAAAGCACAACACCCGCUCCAUCCCCAUUCGCAAGGACGACGAGGUCAGGAUUGUCCGAGGGAAGUACAAGGGCCGUGAAGGAAAGGUUACCCAGGUUUACAGGAAGAAGUGGGUCAUCCAUGUCGACCGUGUGCAGCGCGACAAGGCGAACGGCUCGAGCGUGCCCAUUGGCAUCCACCCGAGCAAUGUCGUUGUUAUCAACAUCAAGUUGGACAAGGACCGCCGGGCAAUUCUCGACAGGAAGGACCGCGGCAAGGCUUCAGAGAAGAAGUCUGGUGAGGAGGUUGAGAUGGUUGAGACUAACUCUACGUUUGUUCCUGAACAGUAA